UUGGGCUCCCAGCUGGUUGGGCCUUUUCUCUGCCCCUCCCCAUGAGUGGGUCCUCCCCACAGGGAGACACAACAGAGGCCAGAGAGGAUCCCACAGGACAGCAAGGAGAUGCCACCCAAGACCAAAGAAAAAGGGAAGAAAACUGGGGCACAGAAAAAGAAAGAGGAUGCGGGUUCUGAUGUGGAGGCUAAGUCCACGCACAGGCGGACAGUGCUGGAGAAGGAGCUGCUCCAAGACCACUUGGCUCUUCGGAGGGAUGAGGCCCGCCGGGCCAAAGCUUCUGAAGAGCAGCUGAGGCAGAGACUGCAAGUGCUGGAGGCUGAGUUGGAGGAGGCCCGAAGUGAGGGGAAGGCCAUCUAUGCAGAGAUGAGCCGUCAGUGCCGGGCCCUGCAGAAGGAAAUGGAGAUCCACAGCAGGAAGCUGGAGGAAGAAGUGACGGGCCUUCGGGAGCAGCUGGAGACGUGCCAGAGGGAGGCCGAGGCUGCACAGCAAGAGGCUGAGCGGGCCCUCGGAGAGCGGGACCAGACCCUGGCUAAGCUUCGGGCCCAUGUGGCACACAUGGAGGCCAAACCAGGGGAAGGAGAAGCAGCAUCCCCACAGGAAACCCUGCUCUGUCUUGAGGGCAGACAGCCAGGGGAAUACAACCAUGCCGACUUACUAAGAGUAAGAACUUGAAGAAGACACCAGCGAGGAAAGCUUACAGACAGGCCUGGGGCACCCCUCAUUCUACCCUCUCCCUUCCUGGGGCCUGAAGCUUGGUGUCUGCCGGGCAGCCUGGACCAACUCUUGGCCAAGCUGAGAGCUGUCAAGCCUCAGUGGGACGGGGCUGUGCUGAGACUUCACGCCAAGUACAAGGAGCAGCUCCACCAGUUUGGACUCAACCCCCUGGAUUUUUGAAGCUGUAAGCCGCUAGU